AUAUGUUCGAAUCAACGGCAAUCAUAUUGAAGACGUUUUAGUCAGUUCGUGUUCUUCACCAUGGACAGCAUAGACAUCACUAAGCAUCAUAAGGAGGUGUCCUUGCUGAAAAGGAUUGGGAGUGGUAGCUAUGGAGUUAGGCACGAAGAAAUUUGGAGAAAUAAUAAUGAUCGAGCAGAAGUCUCAGUGAAAAUAUCUCUUCAGGAUUUUGAAAUCGAUCAUCUUCGAGAAAUCCGCAAUCUAACAAAAUUCAAGCAUGCAAAUAUUGUCGCACUAAACGGUAUUUAUCGCAAAGAAAGUAUAGGACUCAUUUUUGAGUACUCAGGCUGUGGAUCACUCUAUGAUUACUUACACAAAAAGCUUGCUGAAGUUGGAUUUAUCGAAAAACUUGACUGGAUGUUGCAAUGUGCCAAUGGUAUGGAGUACUUGCAUAUAAGAAAAAUAGUUCAUCGUGACCUUAAAUCACAAAAUCUAUUACUUUUCGAUGAUUUUCGCAUAUUAAAAAUUUGCGAUUUUAACACAGCAAAGCAAUUUGUAACGUCAAACACGGAAAUUGAUGAGACAGUUUGCUAUAUGGCUCCAGAAGUUUGUGUUCAACGGUUCGACACCAGCUAUUACCUUGAGGGCUUUAGUAGGCGUCGACCUGAUAGCGCCUGUGAUACACAGUAG